AGAACCUUCUCAGCGACCACAAACCCAGUAUCACCACCAGACACCCGUCCUACGAUUUGGAAUCCAGUAAGUCGCCCUUUUAUUCCUGUUCGCGCGCAAGCCACGCCACUAUCCUGCUUCCUUCUGCACCGAGCGAACACCGCCGUAGCACGGGCCGUCAACACUUGCCGAGAACAUCACCUAAGCAUCAUUGGAAUUGUAAUCCAGUCCGCAACCAUCUCGAAUCCACGCUUCGCCCCCGAGUCACCCUUCCUGCUCUGUAUAUAAUACAUCAACGUUCUUGAUGCUCGCUCCUUCAGUAUUCAGACGAACUUUGCUCAUCACUACGUCAUCGCGAAUAGUUUCAGCUUCGACAAGCAACCUGUACCGACCUCUCUUCACUCCUCAAUUCUUUCAUACCACCAGCAAAAUGGGCAAGGAGGGCGUACACAACCUGCAGACGAAGGCCGCCUUCGACAAGGCCCUAGAGGAUGAUAAGGACACUCUCCUCGUCCUCGAUUGCUUCGCCACCUGGUGCGGCCCUUGCAAAGUCAUCGCUCCUCAAGUCGUCAAGUUCUCCGACAACUACCCAACCGCGAGAUUCUACAAGCUCGAUGUAGACGAAGUCCCCGACGUCGCGCAGGAACUCGGCAUCCGCGCCAUGCCCACAUUCAUGCUCUUCAAGGGCGGCAAGAAGAUCACUGAGGUUGUCGGCGCCAACCCCAAGGCUCUUGAGGCAGCUAUCAAGGCCAACUUGCCCGAGAGCGAGAAGCCAUGAGGUAUAUCACGAAAUGAAUAGCGGGAUGAUGGAUGCAUGUUCUCAUAAAUUUGGAAGGACGACUGUGAUAACUGCAUGGCUAUGGGAUGCAGGCGAGCCGGCCAUACCUUUUCAAGCGAGCAACGGUCGGUAGUAUUAUAGGCUCCCCAAUACCGUCAUUCGGCAAUACAAAUGUAACAUCUUACGACUAUGCUGUGUUCAGUGGCUUGUAGAAAUGUGCCGGUGCCAUUGCGAAAGAGGCUCUGUGUGAUGGUUGAGACAAACCGGCCGAUCGGAAUCCAGGCACUCGGACAAAGUAAUCAGGGCACCCCUCCAGCACUUUCCAAAUGCGUAACUAUCAAGAAACCUUUUCAUUGCUUUGUAAUAGCGGAUAUAGACGCCGGACCGUUCACGUUCUUUCGAUUCCUCUACACCGAUAAAUGAUGAAACUUUCCAUAUCAGGACGC